CCUCCUCCUCCAGACCCCACAUCAGCCUACCGCGAGCGCCGGCGGCUGCGAGCGCGAUUUCUCGGGGAGGAAGAAGCAGAACGGGCAGCGGCGCCGGCGAGGAGAGAGUACUCGCGAUGGGGCGACGGAUCCUGAACGACGCGCUGCGUACUAUGGUCAACGCGGACCGCCGGGGGAAGGCCACGGCGCUCCUCCAGCCCAUCUCCGGCGUCAUGGUCUCCUUCCUCAACAUCAUGAAGCACCGAGGGUAUAUCAAAAGCUUUGAGGUCACUGAUCCGCAUAGAGUUGGGAAAAUUAAUGUGGAGCUUCAUGGACGUAUUAAAGAUUGCAAAGCUCUUACUUACAGGCAAGACCUCAGAGCUAAGGAAAUAGAACAAUACAGGGUUCGGAUGCUCCCAACACGCCAGUGGGGCUAUGUUGUGAUUACUACUCCGAAUGGUGUUUUGGAUCAUGAGGAAGCAAUCAGGCAGAAUGUGGGUGGUCAGGUCCUUGGCUAUUUCCAUUGAGGAGCUUCGUUCUCUUGUUCUGAAUGAGGCAAAUGGGCUAUGGCCGAGCCCAUUCUGUUUGUACUUUGAGAGCUGUUUUGCUUUUGUUCACUGCCAACAAGAAAUGCAAUAACGUGUCAAAAGUACGGCUCACGGCGCUAGGAAAUGCUAACUGUUAAACAGGAAAACUGUAAUUUUUUCUUUUGAAAUGAUAUCAUUUAGAUCUGUCCUGCAUCUAGGUUUUUGGAGAUAUAUGGGUAUUGCUAGUUUGAGAUUCUAUGAUCCGGGUAAGAAGCAUAGCUCGGUUCUUGUGAUCUUGUGGAGUUGCCAUGUACGCUUUUCUGAGAUCUUUCCUGUAGGGAGGGUUGAAGUUGAACACGCUUUGGCUUUGGUAGUUCAGUCAUUGUCUGGGCUGUGUUUCUGAUCUUGUAUUCUUGUUUGCAGUACUGCUUGUAGCCAGUCUUUUUUUUUUUCAUAAAAGAAAAGAAUUGUGUUA